AUGGUCUGUGCAUGGAAAGAAGGCGGUCGCUGGUUCGAAGAUACGGUGAAGGUGCGGAUGAUGAUAAAGUUUGUGCAGCAUAGUAGUGACAGUGAUAGUGAAGAGCGCACAAGCGUACAUGACGGACUGCAGGAUUCCUUGCGUGAAUGGGCAAACGAAUAUGGUAUCAAAAGAAGGGCGUUAACAGCUUUGCUGAAGACGCUAAGGACACAGGGGGGACUUCAUCAGUUACCGGAGGAUGGUCGUACACUUAUGCAGACCCCUCGAAAAAACCUGGAUGAAUUUCCAAUUUGUGCUUUGGCGCCAGGAAUGUAUUGUCAUUUCGGACUUGCUGUGGGUCUUCAGCGUUCAUUGUCUCAUGUAGAAAAGCUGCCAGCUGUAAUUCCACUCUUAUUUAAUAUAGAUGGCCUCCCCUUGUCAAAGAGCUCCAAUAUGCAACUGUGGCCCAUACAGUGCUUACCCCGUGGUUGCGGCAAUGUGCCCCCAUUUGUUGUGGGUGCGUUUGCUGGACAGUCUAAGCCAUCCUCGUGUAAUGAUUUCCUGAGGCCUUUUGUUCGAGAGCUGCAAACUUUGCUUGUGCAAGGUGUGAAUAUCAAUGGCGACACUGUUCAGGUUCGGAUGGCUUAUGUGAUCGCCGAGUUCGUUGAGGACAAACAGGUGGAGGUGGUGCCAGUGACCUGGGUGGAGGGUGACAAGUGUGCGUGGCUCGACAACCUCAAAGGCAACAGAGUGACGUCCUUAGUAAAGAAAUCUGUACCACCAGACACCUUCUGGAAGUGCUACAGCGUAGCAGUGAAAUGGGUAUUUGCAACAUAUGAACAAGCAAGGGCCAAACUUAAUGACAGCCAGUAUACAUCAGACCUGGGCACAGGAUCGGAAAUGUCUCAAGGAAAAAGGACAAGGAGGCCACCAGCUCAGCGGUCUGACUCGGAUAAGCCUGACACACCACCGCCACCCAAGAAGGCCAAGCAAAGUUCCAGCAAGCAACUUCCAGCUCCACCAAGCAACUUCCCACUAGUGCAGCAAGACAGCUGUGAAGAGUCUGCAGAUAUGUGA